AGGAAGUACAUCAAAAACAUAGGAAUUUUGUGAAACAGAACAAAAUCUUCCUCAAGCUUGCUUAAACAUUGUCCCCUUGUAGGGUUAAUGCAAUUUACUCUCAGAUUAGGUAUUUUAAUACACCAGGAGUACAGCGUGCUUGAUUACGAAGAGAAAGUGGUUGAUGGUUUCUAUGAUGUGUAUGGGCCUUCCACAAAUUCAGCACUCCAAGGAAAAUUGCCAUCUCUUGCAGAUCUUGAGACAAAUCUUGGGAAUUAUGGCUUUGAAGUUGUGAUUGCCAAUCGAACAAUUGACCCUGUCCUAGAAGAGUUGGUGCAAAUUGCGCAUUGUAUUGCAUUAGAUUGCCCUGCUAGUAAUGUUAGUGUUUUAGUCCAAAAGCUUGCCGAAUUUGUUACAGGCCAUAUGGGUGGACCUGUUAAGGAUGCUAAUAUAAUGUUGGCAAGGUGGAUGGAAAGGAGCACAGAAUUGAGAACAUCUCUUCAUACAAGUUUGUUGCAUAUUGGGUCCAUUAAUAUCGGAUUGUCUCGGCUUCGUGCUUUACUUUUCAAGAUAGUUGGCGGCAGAAUCGGUGCCGUUGUUCCAGGAAGGAAUAGGUUUACUCCUGUCUCGGUGGUCGGUUCUGCAACUGGCCGUCGAAAACGAGUGGGACUGAGCUCCUCCUCUCCGAUAUCUUCUCCUUCUUUAACAGCUCAAAGAGCCUCUUUACAUUGAUGAUCUAGAAAUGAUCCUUGAGGAAUCUCUGCUUUCUUUGAAUACAAUGGCUGAGGAUGG